GAUCCAUGGCUGCCUCUUCAUCCUCUGGUGUGUUUACAUCCCAGCAGAUAGGGUUUAUACCCGUGAGCGAGAAACUUGCGAGGAACAACUACUCCAUGUGGCGCCUUCAAGUUAUGUUGGCGAUUCGCGGUGCUCAACUCGACGAGUACAUCCUGCCGACCGCCAAGCCUCCGGAGAUGUUCCUGACGCCAUUGAAGCCAGACGGCACAGCUGAUGAGAAGAAGCAGCCGGUUCCCAACCCGGCGUAUGCUACUUGGAUCUCCAAGGAGCAAACGGUGCUGAACUUUCUUCUGUCUUCUCUCUCAAAAGAGAUCUUCUCCCAGAUUACUGCAUCGGCAGAUUCAGCGGCAAAGGCGUGGGCCGCGAUUGAAGCACUCUUCGCUUCUCAGUCCAGGGCGCGUGUUAUUAGCACUCGCAUGGCCCUAACUACGGCAACAAAGGGGUCGUCUACGAUCUCUGAAUAUUUUACGAAGAUCAAGGCUCUUGCAGACGAGAUGGCGUCUGCAGGAAGGAAGCUGGAAGAUGAUGAGCUAGUCUCGUAUAUCCUGACUGGUCUCGACCUCGAUUAUGACCCGGUGGUGUCAGCCGUCGCUGCCAGGGUGGAACCAAUCUCUGUUGGGGAGCUUUUCACCCAACUGACCAGCUUUGAGCAGCGGAUGGAGCUGCGCGGCAACGGUAACAAUCCCUCGGCGAAUAUGGCUGCCAAGGGUGGUCGCGGUGGCAACAACAGCAACAACUCUCGCGGCCGUGGUACUGGUGGCCGUGGGGGCUUUGUUCGUGGAGGCCGUGGACGUGGCGGUGGAGGUCGUGGAAGCGGCUUCCUCCAAGGAGUAGUCUGCCAGCUUUGCGGCAAGGAGGGGCACACUGUCGUCAAGUGCUUCAAGAGGUUCGACACCUCUUUCACCGGUCCUCCACAGAAGAGUGCAUCUACAGCUACAACCUCGUCAUAUGGAGUGGAUACCAAUUGGUAUGUCGACUCCGGUGCUACUGACCACGUGACAAGUGAACUUGAGAGGCUCACAGUUCGGGACAAAUAUGGAGGCCAUGAUCAAGUGCAUUCGGCAAGUGGUGCAGGGCACGAGGAAGACUCUUCUCAGAGGCAGAUGUGAAAGGGGGCUUUAUCCUUUGAAGCUGAGUCCAUGCAAGUCGAGUCAAAAUAAGCAAGUUCUUGGUACUAGUAUGAAACCGUCGAUCUCCUUGUGGCAUCACAGAUUAGGUCAUGCUUCAACUCCUAUAGUGAAGCAAGUUUUAAGUCGUCAUGGUCUUCCCUUUGUUAGUGAUGAGUCAAAUAAAAAUAUGGUGUGUGAUGCGUGUCAACAGGGCAAAAGCCAUCAGCUACCCUAUCCCAAGUCAACUAGUGUAUCAACUAGUCCUUUGGAUCUUAUAUUCUCUGAUGUAUGGGGCCCUGCUCCUUCCUCUGUU